ACAAAAUUUGCCUUUUGCCUAUACUGAGGUCCCAUAUUGAGUAGUCUUUGUUUUUUUUAGAGUUUAAUUAUAAAAAAGUCGUUAAUAUCAGGAUAAAUGGUUGCACUUUUCAAGAAUCUAGGUAUAGGAGGCAAUGCUGGAAAAGCUGCUGAUGACACCAAGAAGCCAUUACCAAGAAGAGGUAAAUACUCCGUUGCCCCGGGAUACUCUCAACUAGAUUGGGCCAGAAAAGUAGCCAGUGGUGAAAACUUAUCUGGAGUGGAUAAACCGACGAGAGUUACUAAAGAUGAGCUAAAAAGACAUUGUUCGGAGGAGGAUUGCUGGAUAUCAAUCAAAGGGAAAGUUUACAAUGUAACUCCUUACCUUAAUUAUCAUCCUGCCGGUGUUAAGAAGAUUGUAAAUAAUUCUGGCAUAGAUGCUACUCAAGUCUUUAUGAUGAAUCACGCUUGGGUAAAUGAGGAAGCAAUACUAAGAAAUUGUUUUAUCGGUUACUUGACUUGAAGAUAUCCAAAAGUCCUUUACUAGUCGUCUAUGGAAUACUAAUAUACUUUUUCUCUUUCAGGUUCUAUUAAUUUCUCAAUAUGCCCUUAUAUAUUAUUUUCUGUGUUUUUUCUUUCUUAGACAAUACCAAUUCUGCCUGUACCAUAAUCUGUUUGUCCUUAUUACUUAAAGUCCGAAUUAUAAUUUUCUUAACAAUUGCCAUUUUUCCUAGAAAUGGUGAAUUAUAAAUCAUUAGUUUCAUUAGUUGAUGCCUUUCGUCUUCGAAAAGAACCAAGCAUUGAUUUUAGUGCUCCACGAAUUUCUUUAACUAACGACAGUAUCAGGGGAAUCAUAAUAGGUGCAAAUAAGGGUGCAUAUAUUCCAUACUUUGAUUCAUCAGGAAAAUAAACAGUGGUUACCAUACUUGAAUGAAAUAAGGCCUUUUGUGCCUUUUCAAACGCAUUCGUACUAUGGGAAAGAGUUAGAUUUAAUUUCCUCUCUGAAAGGGUAUUGUAUGCAAGAUCCAACGACUUCAAAGCCUCCUUCACAUAUGACUGUAUUUCUUUAGGUACAGCCAUAUUCUCAAUGGACUUGAUAAGCUUAGCAAGGUUUAGGAGUGUAUCAGUCGUUCCAACCAGGCUUUCCGCUAUCCUUUGCCUUAGCAUUCUCUCCAUUACUACUGGGCUUAGACUGAAUGACAAAAAAUCAUCCACACCC